GUCUAUCUUCGGAAGCCACGCGCUCUGCUCUGCUAGGGCUCGUGCUGUCGGCGGAAAGUGGUAUCGAUUGGCAGUAGAGUUUCGAUCGUCGCCCUGUCAAGAUGACAGUUUCUUACGGUGUGGAAAAGUGUCCGAAGCAAUUCGAUGAGUACCGCUGCUCACUGUCGGAGAAGUUCCGCCAGCUGGCUAUGGAACAGCUGCGGGAGGAUGAUACCCUGCGGGAACAAGCGCUGGAAGCGAUGCGGGUGUGGAUCGCGAAGCAUCCCUACAUCAGACGGUGCCGAACAGAUUCGUUGUUUUUGCUGCGAUUCCUGAGGCAGCGGAAGUUCUCUAUCCCUUUGGCAUGUGAGACACUGGAACGUUAUCUGGCCAUGAGGCAGACGUUUCCGCACUGGUUCCAGAAACUGGAUCCCACCCAUCCGGAUAUGAAGGAAUUGAUUGCGGAUGAUGUGUUCCAGGCGCUUGGUUUCGACGAUAAAGGACGCAUUCUGAUCCUGAUCAAAUCGAAGAACUUCAACGUGGAAAAGUUUACCCUAGUUCACUUGAUCCGGUAUUUGCACAUGUACAUGGAAAUUAUGUCCUGCGACGAACGGAUUCAGGUUGGUGGUAUCGUGCUGAUAGUGGACUGUUUGGACACCACGAUGAUGCACUUCACGCUGUUCAAUCUCUCGGAUAUGAAGAAUAUGAUGCCCUACAUUAAUCAUCUGCUUCCGGUGCGCUGCAAGGAAAUACAUGUGAUUCGUUUGCCCAAAAUGAGUGUGGCACUUGUGGAGAUACUGUUUUCCUUCGUCAGCCCCAAGCUGAAGCAUCGGUUUCAUUUCCACAAAACGAUGAUCGACGCCAAGAAGCAUCUGGACAAGUCCCUGCUGCCCGCCGAAUACAACGGAACCAACGAUUCGCAGGAACUGACGCAGACGUUCCACAGACAAAUUCACGAGUCCAAGGAUGAACUGGCGAUGCUUGACGAGAUGGAGAUCGACAUAACCAAAUAUACGGCCCUGUGGAACCAGAACCAUCCGACCGGUGGUUGUGGCAGAGCGAGCGAAAUCGAAACCGGCAUGGUGGGCAGUUUUCGGAAGCUCAACAUUGACUAGAUAUGUUCGGUAAUAGGAAAAGUUCAUACUUAUGUAAGGCGCAUAUCGCGAAAGUGGUAUUUAUGGCAGUGGACCAGAUUCGACACGUCCGGCGAAGAAUGCCCGCAGGUUGAUUUGAAUAUUUUUGCCAAAAACUUGUUUUACUCGUUGUUAUUUCCAUUUCUCGACGCAUCUCAUCCUGCAUUGUAAGAAAGCAAAAAAAAGAGUCUCGGUCAGGGUUUUAUAUUGGAAGAGUGGACAACGUUCGAUUACUAGCCUAUCAGCUAGUGAUAGUGAAAAUUUGUCAGGAUUUCAGUUCUGUCACAUAAUAUAGGAAGAAAAAUGAUUUGAUAUUAUAUCACGAUCCCUUUUUGAACUGAAUCCACCUAAUAAAAUUAUUGUCAUAUUUGAUCAUUCAAUUUUUCAGUAACAUGACCUAAAGUAACAGACAUGCAUAUCAGUACAAUAUUUAUUACCAAAUCCAUAUUUGGCUCUAACAUCAUUUUCUAAAUAAUUACUGUUCUAUUGCUCGACAUAACAUGAUUGAGUGAGAAAAAUAAAUCAUGUAAGAAGAAAGAAUAAUAAAAUAUGCUAUUUAGGUUAAAAUAAAAAUGAAGCUUGUUUUGUUUUACUUUUCAUGAUAGGAUGAAUAGAAUAAAGAAAUUGACACCGUGCUUGAAGGAUAAUCAGGUCGCAAAAUUGUAGAUUACCUAAAUAAUCGCUAUUACACCGCGUUUCAUAACUAUAGAACCACUCCAUUUAUUUUUUUAAUUUCCAGAGAUAUAUAAGAAGUCGGUUGAAGUUGGACACGUAUUGUAAUUCAUGUGAAAUUUACGUAAAUUUUGUAAUGGAGUUAAAGUGUUUCCAUCUGGUUCUAUAGUUAUGAAACACUGGAAUUUUAGUUUUUUUUAUGUUCCGCACAUGAACACAACAAUAAAGUUCAAAUGACCAGUCUUAUAAAUGAAGAUAGUUAUUAUAUCCUACACUAUAUACUUCAAUUCAACCAACUUCUUACAUAUCUCUGGGAACUCAGAAAAAAGGAGUGGAUCUAUAGUUAUGAAACGCAGUGUAUAAGAUU